UCUCGAAAAGCGUCAGUCGAAUUUCUACAGUUUGCGUGGCAAGUUCAAAUCUACAAUGUGGUGGACAGUUGUUGGGUUAUUGGGUGGCUUCCUUGGUGCCGUUUAUUUGUUCCUGACAUGGAAUUUCAACAAGUGGAACAAGUUGGGAGUCAAGGGACCCAAGCCGAAAGUAUUGUUUGGAAAUAUUCCAAGUGUUUUAACGCAGAAACAGCACAUUUACUAUGAGUACCAACAAAUAUACAAUGAUUACAAAAAUGAACCAGUAGUAGGAUACUUCGCCGUUCGAACGCCACUAUUGAUGGUGCGGGAUCCGGAACUGAUCAAAGUAGUUCUUACAAAAGGCUUUCGCUAUUUUGCGGAUAACGAUUUUUCCGAUGUCGUGGAUGAGAAGUCCGACCCACUGUUCGCGAGAAACCCAUUCAGUUUGUCCGGGGAGAAAUGGAAGACACGACGAGCGGAAAUCACACCGGCCUUCACGAACAACAGAAUAAAAGCGCUUUCGUCUCUCAUGGAUGAAGUGUGUGUUAAAAUGACUGAAUAUGUCAAGAAAAACAAUGCGAAGGCCAUUGAUACUAAAGAGCUGAUGGCAAAAUACACCACCGAUGUCGUUUCAAACUGCGUAUUUGCAAUCGAUGCCCAGUCUUUUUCCAAGGAUAAACCUGAAAUCCGGGAAAUGGGUCGUCGUAUAAUGGAUUUCAACUUCGUUGCGCAGAUUAUUUUGUUGGUAACCACAUUUUUGCCAUCAGUCAAAAAGUUUUACAAAUUUUCGUUUGUUCCUCGGGAAGUGGAAGAAUUCUUCAUUCGCAUAAUGAAAGACGCCAUUCGUCAUCGCAAGCAGAAUAACAUCGUACGAAACGAUUACUUGGACUACCUACUUAGUCUACAGGAGAAGAAAGAAAUUUCGGAAAUUGACAUGGCAGGCCAUGGAGUAUCGUUCUUCGCUGAUGGUUUUGAAACAUCCAGCCUGAUAAUGACAUAUUGUCUUUUCGAUCUGGCAAGUCACCCUGAAAUACAGAACCGACUAAGGGAGGAAAUCCGAAGCGUUCAAGCUGCUGAAGGAGGCAUCAAUUAUGAUAGUAUUGGAGAAAUGACUUAUCUUGAUCAAGUUCUAAAUGAAACGCUACGACUUCAUCCUAUUGCUCCUGUCCUGGCGAAACGAUGCACUGAAAGCACUGUACUCAUUGGACCAAAAGGAAAGAAAAUACAUGUUUCAAAAGGAAGUUCCGUUGUCAUUCCCUUCUUUGUCCAGCUUGAUUCCCAGUACUACGACAAGCCUGAUGAAUACAACCCAGAGAGAUUCUCACCAGAAAAUAGAGGUGGCAAACAAUACAAGGAGCAAGGAGUAUUCUUUCCAUUCGGUGAAGGGCCCCGAAUGUGUCUGGGAAUGCGGUUUGCUCUUGCCCAGCUGAAAAGGGGGCUGGUGGAGAUAAUAGACCAAUUUGAAGUAUCGCUGAACUCGAAGACCCAGGUUCCAUUGAAAUUCGAUCCAAAAUUGUUCAUGUUGUACCCCAUUGGUGGCAUCUGGUUGGACUACAAAGCUAUCAAAUAAGUUUAUUCUUAGUUUGCUAGAUAUUUUGCUAAAAACACUACACGUUUUUAAUGAUUCCAGUGAGCAUUUCGCUCUUUGAAGGAAACACCACAUUGAACCCCGGACCAGCAUGCAGCGUCCAUUGGCACAGUCAAAACUGUUGUCGUGAGAAGUUUUGUGACAAUGGUGGGGAUCGAACCGAUACUAUACAGCGCUAUGCAAAAAAAAAAUCGCUGAAAAAAUUAGUCAACAACAUUCUGAAGGCUAAACAAAUCUACCACCUUACAUUAUUUGAGAUCAAUAAAUAAUUCUUCUCCAAUAUUA